GUCAACAAUCAUCAAAUAAGAAUUGACGCGUAAACAAACCACGGCUAGCUACAAAUAAUGUGAUAGCUAUCUUCUUGGCGUUUACUUUUCUGUCAACGUAGGGAUGUUGGUAUUUUGCAUUAUCAAGUAGCUAAGCAAGCAUCACGAUUCGAGUCACGAUUCCUAGACAAGAAGAUGAUAUCCCAGCUGUUCAUCUUGUCCUCCAAAGGAGAUCACCUCAUCUACAAAGACUUCCGCUGUGAAGCUGGAAGCGAUGCUGUCAACAAAUUCUAUGAGAUGGUCACUGCAUUGACUGGUGACCAGCCUCCAGUGGUCAUGAAACACAAGGAGCUGCAUUUUGUUCACAUCAAACAGGGAGGGCUCUAUUGGGUUGCCACGACGAAAGCUGAUGCCUCGCCCUUCACCAUCAUUGAGUUCCUAAAUAGAUUAACAGCCCUGGUUAAGGAUUACUGUGGUUGUCUGUCAGAGAAGUCUGUCCGGAUGAACUUUGCUCUCAUUUAUGAGCUGUUGGAUGAGGUAGUGGACUUUGGUUACAUCCAGACGACCUCUACUGAUAUCCUGAAGAACUUCAUCCAGACUGAGGCGGUCAGCUCCAAACCCUUCAGCCUGUUUGACCUCAGUAACGUGGGGCUGUUUGGAGCAGACACCCAGCAGAAUAAAGUGGCCCCCAGUGCAGCUGCCACACGGCCCAUCAUGUCCAGUCAAGGAGAACAGGGAGGCAAAAACGAGAUAUUUGUAGAUGUGAUUGAAAGGAUGUCUGUAGUCAUUGGUGCCAAUGGUGUUCUGAUGAAGGCAGACAUUGAGGGAGAGAUCAGAGUGAAGUGUUACAUGCCAAGUUGCUCAGAGAUGCGGAUUGGACUGAAUGAAGAGUUCAGCAUAGGAAAGUCCCAGCUGAGCGGCUAUGGGGCAGCUGUUCAUGUGGAUGAGUGCAGCUUCCACCAGGCUGUCAGGCUGGAUGAGUUUGACACCUACAGAAUCCUGAAAGUGUGUCCCAGCCAAGGAGAGCAAACAGUGAUGCAAUACCAGUUGUGUGAUGACCUGCCCACAGCCCCUCCAUUCCGUCUUUUCCCUUCUAUAGAGAGGGACAGUGGUGGCAGGUUGUUGAUGUACCUGAAGCUGCGGUGUGACCUGCCCCCAAAGAGCGCUGCUAUUAAUGUUUCUAUAACAAUACCGGUACCCAAGGGCUCGCUUCGUCUCUCUCAGGAGUUGAGCAGCCCGGACCAGAGUGCUGAGCUGCAGCCAAAAAACAAGGCUGUCCAUUGGGAGAUCCCUCGCUUCCCUGGGGGCGCCCAGCUCUCCGCCCUGUUCAAGCUGGAGGUCCCUGGCCUUAGCGCUGCCUCGUUACAGGAAGUGGGACCAGUCAGUCUGAGCUUUGAGCUGCCGAAGUACACCUGCACAGGACUGCAAAUUAGAUUCCUCCGCCUGUCCCCGAUACAGCCUGGACCGUCGCAACGCUGGGUCCGCUACGUGACCCAUUCAGACUCGUAUACCAUCCGUAUCUGAUACAGACAUACAGUACACACAUGCACACACACACACACACACACACCAUUGAUCACUCAGACUCUGGCUUACUCGCAAUACAGAUGUGAACCCUGAUCUUGACUGCCUGAAAAAGUCAAGGAACUUCUGUAUCAAAUGUUUAUUCUGUGAAUUCUGUCUGUAUACAGUGGAGUGACCCAAUACAAAUGUAUCUACUACAUCAAAAAGCUACCCCUACAUUUCACUAUUGUCAUUAUAUUAUGUAAUGGGAAAUCAUGCAGGAAAGUCUGAAUGUGCAUAGAAACAUAUUCAGCACUCUUGAGUUUCUGUAAUGCACGGAUAAUCAGGAUCAAUGCACAAAUAACCAGGACCAACCCCCUGGAGGUCCGCGGCCAGAUAAAAAAAAAAAAAAAAAAAGAUAUAUAUAUAUAUAUAAAUUACAUAAUUUAUAUACAUAC